AUGUAUAUUUAUGUGGUUGGUGUGGUGGGUGGGGGGGGGGGGGGUUUGUUUUUGGGGGGGGUGGGGGUGUUAUGGGGUGUUUGGGGGUUGUGUGUAAUGGGGAAUAAAGUGGGUUUUGGUUUGGGUAUUGGUAUUGGGUUGGGUGUAUGUUGGUGGUGGUGGGGAUGGGUGGGGGUGGGGGGGUGGGGUGUUUGGGUGUUUUGGGUGGUGUUGGGUGUGUGGGGGUGGUUGGGGGGUGGGUGGGGUUGUGGGGUGGGGUGGGGAAGGUGUUUGGGGUGGGUGGGGUGUUGUGUGGGGGGUUGGUGGUGGUGGGGGGUUUUUGGGGGGGUUGGUUGGUUGGGGGGGUGUGUGUGGGGGGUGUGGGGGGGUGGGGGGGGUUUUUGUGGGUGGGUUGUGGGUGGGGGGAGUGUGGGGGGGGGGGUGUGGGGGGGGGGGGGAGAGGGGAUUUUUUGGGGUUGGGUUGGGGGUGGGUGGGGGGGGGGGGUGUUGGUUGGGGAUGGGGGGGGGGGUGGUUUGGGGGGUUUUUUUUUUUGUUUGGUUGGGUGGUGUGGUGGGUUUGGGGGUGGGGGGUUUUUGGGUAUUUUUUGGGGGUUUGUGGGUGGGUUUGUUGGUUGGUGGGGGGGUGGGGGUUGGAGGUGUUUUUUGGUAUUAGUGGGUGUUUGGUGGGAGUGUUUAGGUGUGGGGUGUUGGGUUGGGGUUUGGUGUUGUGUUUGGGUUGUGAUUUUGGGGAAGGGGUUUAUGAUGGGUGUGGGUGUUUUUAUAGUGGGGGGGGGAAUUGUUAUGGGGGUUGAGGUGGGUGGGGGGUUGGGGGGGGUGAAUGUGUGGGGGGUAGGGGGGGUAUUAGGGUUGGGGUGA